UGCUGGCUCGACGCUGCUUUCGUGUGGGGAAUUCGCGGAUUUGCUGCGCUGCGACUCGCUCCUAGCUGCCUGUAUAUCUGACGUGUCCGGGGCUUGGACCACCGAGUCGCGCCAUUGGAGCCCUCGCAAAACAAUAUGGACGCCCAGGCACAACUUUCGCAGGCCGCGCGGGCCUCGCUCAUAUCUACAACUGAGCUUUCCCCAAACUCCCGCCCGACUACUCCGCAACGCCAGCUUGCCUCUACCUCCCCGGUGCCAUCAGCCAUGCCAAUUGCUCUCACUCCCGAGAGGGCCAAGUUCGCAUCGCCAGCACCUCCAAAUACCUCCUCAAUGACGCCGCCGCCGUCCUCGCAGGUUGCUCCCACGCGCGCUCCUGUUCGAACUCCAACCCCGCCAACCCCCCACCUAUCGUCCCCUCCACCGACUGUCAAGAAUCCCGGCGUGGCAGAGCCGUCAACCGUUCUAUUUACCUCCGAGCAAGUCACCAAUGCGUCUGCCGAGGAGCUGAGAUCCAUGGUUGAAGAGCUUUCGACUGCGCUACGGGACGCUCGACUGAGCGCUGCACAUUACAAGCUACAGCAUAACAUGUUGUGGAUUGAGAGUAGAGAAUCGGCCAAUCGAAUGGCUGUGGAACUUGCCAUGACCCAGGCCGAAGUCGAUGUUCUACAAAAAGCCGAGGAGAGACGGCGAACGACGAUGAUGUCUCCCGCGCAGAGCUUCCAUGAGACGGCCGUUAGCCCUGCGAAUGCAAUUCUCAUGAACGAAUUGACUAGGGAUUGCCAAAUGCUGCAGCACGAGAAUGAUGGGCUCCAAGCUGCGCUCAACCACCAGCGGAGGCUCACUGAGCACCGGGACGGGGAACUAGCAAGUCUGCGGGAAGAGAACAACCGCCUGAGAGGGCGCAUCCGAAAGAAUAGGGACCACAUCGCUCCGUUCCUGCCCUUCCUCGACCAGAUGAACGAUGCCAGCCCCCCUAGGUCGAACAUAGGCACUCCACGACAUCGUAACACGGGAAGGACGCAUCCUCCGCUCAGAGAGCAGCCAUUCGAAGCACUACUUCUUGCAGACAAAAUGCUUAGCCAGGAGACAGCCACAGCGCCGUCCACUCCCACCAGGGCCCAGCCACCAAAGCAACGCUUCAGCCACACUCGAGGGGCUCAGUCAAUGUCGUCUCUACCGCAGACACCAAAUCGUCCACGCGCGAACCACUCACACCUCGCUGUGCCACGCACACCGCCUACCUUCAACGCCAUCAACGCUGUACCACAAUCAGCACCUCCGAUCCAGUAUCCCCAAAAGCACGCUCGUCGAGAAAGCAGCAACUCUACCAUCACGGCGUCUAGCGUAGACGACGACGAAGUCUCAGAAGACGAGAUCCCAGAGUCCCAGGCGAGUCAGAUGGCAACCAACAUGCUCCGCCGCACCCCGUCGCAAAAGACCAAGAUGUCAGCCCCGCCAUCACAGGACCGAUAUUCAAAUGGCCUGAUCCAGAGCAAGAUUUUCGGUCAGGUCAAGAAGCCCGGAGUGAACAGGCCGAACGAGCAUGAGAAGAGGAGGCUAGAUGGUACCGAUGUGCACGGGAGUCCAACUAAGAGGGGGCGAUUGAAUGAGGGAGUGGGGCUGGGCAUUGGAGGCUUGCUCAGGGAUUAGCAGAACAACUGUCUGUUUGAGUGAUCGAUAUGAUAUGGUCACAAGCGACUUUCGAUAUCUUGGCGUCUCUGGAGCAUCGGAGACCGGAUCUUCUGACGCCACUUUUCAUAGGGCUUUUUAUAGGGUUCCCUUGGUGUUUCAACGUGGACAUGUGGAAGGCUAUGGAUUUUGACGACCAUAAUGGGGGCAUGGGAUCUACGAUGGUGAUGAAAGUGGAGGAUAGAGCCCUAGGUAGAUUCGAGGCCGUAUAUAGCGCUGAAUAUGAGAGAUUCGAUUCUCAAAC